CAGGCCCCAGAGAAGGGGCGGGGCUCGCGCGCCGCAGGCCCGGGCGGAGGGUCUCCCCCCUGCCCCGGGGGCUCAGAGCGGCCGCUCCCGGCUCAGCGCGCGGGGGGAGGGAACGUGGCGGCGCGUACGCAGUGACGUACAGCACGUGGUCCCCGCGCUGCGGCCGCCCCUGCAACGGCGGGGAGUCACGUGACGCGGAAGCCGCGGCCGGUGCGGGGCCGGAUGGAGGCGCGCUCGGAGCCCGCGAGUUCGGGGCCCGGCGAGACGCGGCCGGCGGUCGGGUCCUUCCAGCCCCGCGAGCACCAGCACGUCCGCUACAACCCCCUGCGGGAUGACUGGGUGCUGGUGUCCGCCCACCGGAUGAGGCGUCCCUGGCAGGGGCAGGUGGAGAUACCCCCACGAGAGGACGUCCCUCGCUGUGACCUGUCCAACCCGCUGUGCCCUGGAGCAGCGCGAGCCAACGGGGAGGUGAAUCCACAGUACACGAGCACGUUUGUCUUCGACAAUGACUUCCCAGCACUGCAGCCGGAUGCCCCGGAACCCGACGCCUGCAGCCACCCCUUGUUCCGAGCAGCAUCCGCCCAAGGAGUUUGCAAGGUCUUGUGCUUCCAUCCUUGGUCUGACCUGACCCUGCCCCUCAUGUCGCUGGCCGAGAUCCGGGCAGUGAUUGACCAGUGGGCGGAGCUCACGGCGGAGCUGGGCGCUUCCUAUCCCUGGGUGCAGAUAUUUGAGAACAAAGGGGCCAUGAUGGGCUGCUCCAACCCUCACCCUCAUUGCCAGGUCUGGGCCAGUAACUUCCUCCCCAACGAAGCCCGGCUGGAGGACCGGACACAGCGGCAGCACCUCCAGGAGCGCGGCGUGCCCAUGCUGUUGGAGUACGCCCGGCUGGAGGCCCAGAGGAAGGAGCGGCUGGUGGUGGAGAACGCGGACUGGCUGGUGGUGGUCCCCUAUUGGGCCGUGUGGCCUUUCCAGACCCUGCUCCUGCCCCGCCGUCACAUCUGCCGCCUCCAGGAGCUCAGCGAUAGCGAAAGGGAUAGUCUGGCUUCAAUCAUGAAAAGGCUUCUCACCAAGUACGACAACCUCUUUGAGGUUUCCUUCCCCUACUCCAUGGGCUGGCAUGGCGCCCCCACGGGGCCUCACUUGGGAGAAGACUGUGGGCACUGGCAGCUUCACGCCCACUACUACCCGCCCCUCCUCCGCUCGGCCACUGUCCGCAAGUUCAUGGUGGGCUACGAGAUGCUAGCCCAGGCUCAGCGGGACCUGACGCCGGAGCAGGCCGCUGAGCGCCUGAGGGCUCUGCCCGAGGAGCAUCACAGGGUGAGGCCACGGGAGGCAGCGUGACGAGCCGCGUCACACAAGGAGGGGAGCUGGCACAUUGCAGAGGGGGCCGCCGGCCGCACACCGGAACUCAGUUACUUUGUUUUUCUGACCAGCGGGAAUUGGGCUGGGGGGGAUCUUCUCUGCAGCUGGAGGCGCUGGUGGGCAGAGCACGGUGGAGUCUGUUCGACAGGCCACUUUACGGGCAAUGAUAGUCACCACUCAAGGUGAGGCUGAGACCUGCAAACUUGUGAGCCAGUUGGAAAGUUCUGCAGGUCUCAGAAGGCAUCCGAGUCUGCCCGUUGUAGAGGAGCAACCAGUACAGGUCCCACUGGCUUCCCGUCCCAUCCCCCGUGCGCUCGCUGGAGGUGGCAUUUCGGAGCCCAGGGCCCUGGCUCCUAGGGUGGGUGACUGGCUGUGUGAGCUCCCCACAGCCUCAGAGCUGGGUCUCUGGGGGCUGUCACCCCAUGGGAGCUCCCAGGCUGCAGCGGGUGGAGAGCUGCUGUCAGCCUACUGUGUCAGCAGUGGGGCGCGCUGUGGCAUAUACUGAAAGGGUGCUCCGGAGGGGUCAGGGAGUGAUGUCACCCAGUAACCCCUGUGGGCUCCUGGCUCCUAUGUGCAUCAGCAAGGGGCCUGGUUCUGGCUUGUGGGAGGCAGGGGGGUGGCGGGAAGUGGUCCAGAGUCCCUGGGCCUGCUGCUGAGGGACAAAUUCUCUGUAGCUUUUUUAAGCUCUUGAUGCCCACAGUUCCAGCCCCACACAUGCCAACCCCAGGGCCAGCCCCUACCCCACUGGUGGGCUCAGAGAGCCCGAUGUAUGAUGUGGUUUAGCUCCUCACUCCCACCCUUUGCUCCUGCCGCCCACCUGCCAUUGUGCGCCAUGGCCAGUGGCUGCUUGCUCGCCUGCUGCCUCUCACCAGCUCUCCACGGAGCUGCCUGUGGGCGCUUGGCUUUUCACUCGCUUCAAUAAACCCUAAAACCAAAGCAA